AUGGAUGAUCGUGAAAAUGGAAGGCACAAAGCAGAUCAAUAUAAAUCUGCUCAGGGACAGUGGUUGAUGCAACAACAUCAGCACCAGCAUCCUUCCAUGAAGCAGAUUAUGGCAAUCAUGGCUGAACGAGAUGCUGCCAUUCAAGAAAGAAAUCUGGCCCUUUCCGAGAAAAAAGCAGCACUUGCAGAACGGGACAUAGCAUUCCUACAGCAGGAUAAUACAAUUGCGGAACGAAAUAACGCACUUAUGGAAAGAGACAAUGCAAUAGCAACCCUUCAGUUUCGAGAAAACGCUUUGGCUAAUGGCGGUAUGUCAUCAUGCCCUCCAGGAUGUCAAAUUUCACGGGGAGUUAAGCAUAUACAUCAUCUUCCGCAACAGGUAAACUAA